AAGUAAAUAAAUAAUGGAAAAAAAAAGAGAAUGGAAGAACGAACAAGUUGAUCCCACCCAAAAUCGAUCAAAUCGCACCCAAACCCCUUCUCCCUUCCCAGAUUCUCUGAAAAAUCCAUACGGGUAAAUCCUACCGAUUCGAGCUCAAUCUCUUCUCGCGUCUCGUUCUGGCAAUCAUCUCGUCAUCUCUUAUUGCGAUUCUCAGCUCGAAUUCCCGCAAACUAUCCGUUUGAUGUGCUUGGCUGCGAUUAUCCAUGUUCGAAGCUUUGCCCAACGGAGUAGCUGAAAAGAGUGAUAUUUAUCUCCCCUGGCAGUCCCUUGAUUAUUUUGUGUAGCAUUAAGAGACCUCAUCUUUUUGUCAUUGCACAGUGGGUAAAAUCUAAAUGAUGUCUAGUGGAACAGUCAGAAGGGUUUCUCGUCAGGAUAUUCAACUGGUGCAAAAUCUUAUAGAAAGAUGUCUUCAACUGUACAUGAAUCAAAAAGAAGUUGUGGAGACUUUACUGGUGCAGGCAAAAAUAGAACCCGGUUUCACGGAACUUGUUUGGCAGAAGCUUGAGGAGGAGAACCAGGAAUUUUUCAAGGCGUAUUACUUGAGGUUGAUGGUGAAGCACCAGAUAAUUGAAUUUAACAAGUUGCUGGAGCAACAGGUACAGUUGAUGCACCAGAUGUAUCCGACGGGAGUUGCUCCUCUAUCCACUACCAAUGGAAGUCAUAUUCCACAGUUACACCAGAAUUCAGCAUGUUAUGCCUCUGAGCAUCCUGGCCCAGCACUGAAGCCAGAAAAGAUCCAGCAUCCAGCAGGCUCCACUUUGUCUAAUGCAUACACAAAUGGUGGGUCAUCCUUGCACGCAAGUAUGCCUUCUGCUAUGGAUAUGGCUGCUCAUGCUAAUAGGAUUGAUGCUCCACCAAAUAUGAUAUCCAGCCAAAGCUCAAACAUGGUUCUUAUGCAAGGAGUCAAUGGGGGAAUAAUCAAAACAGAAACUGGCUAUUCUGGAGCUUCUCCUUACAUGUUUGGUGCUGAGACUAAUGUCCUGGAAGCACGGUCAACCAUUGGAGAUGCCACUGUUGCAUCUUUCAGCAGUGUGGAGUCUACCUCACAGCCCCUGAAUGAGCCACUCUUGGAUGCAGACGCUUCGUCAUUCGGGUUUCUGGGACAGAUUCCUCGAAAUUUCAGUCUGUCGGAUCUCACUGCUGAUUUCUCUCAAAGUUCUGAUAUACUAGAGAGCUAUCCAAGAUCCCCUUUCUUGGCAACAGAUGCAGACCAUUUCCUUGAUGCUCGUGAAAGAGGAGAGCAAGGAGAAAACAGAAGGUUAGACCCCAUAUCUGAAGGUUUGAACUAUGAAGAUUUUGGCAGUGAAUAGACAUUGAUUUUAGUGGUGCAUCUUUAACCUCUAGGACUGCAGAGCGUGUAUAUAGCACUUAGAAGUGGAUAUUUCUCAGAUUACUCACUGAAGAUAUUGAUUGGUUUGUGGAAGAUAAACUAACAUAAGAGCGGCAGUGAUGCAGAGGGACACUGGGAACUGUGUUUUUUGAGAAGCAGAAAGAGAACUAGAAUGGUCUCCUAAAGUUUAUAUGAUCAGAAUAGUGUUUCACAGCCAAGGGAUUUGUUCCAUGGACGUGAAUCCCGAGCAUUUGUUUGAUACUGCUGAAUUUGGUGUGGUGUUGAUAGCUGUAUUGGAAGGAAUAAGUUGGGAACUUGUGUUCAUAUUGCUUGUGGAAUGCCUUUGAAGAAAGGUUUCAAUGACUGGCUUGCUUGCUUUCACUCU